GCGGGGGUGGCGCGCGCCGCCCGGCUGCGGCCCACUUACUGUCCUCCACACAACGCCAAAUUAACUUUGUUAAUCCGAGCCCCGCGCAAAUAACAACCCGACACCCAAACGCGGCCUGUCAACAACCGCACGAACAAACCUUUAUUAUUUCUGUUUGAUCAACCGAAGUCGUACAAUCAGUGUCUGAUAAAAGCGGCGAGUCGCUAAACGGUGCAAUCUGCGUUAAUCCCCGAGCAUGACAGGCGAGGCGCGAUCGUGACGAGUCGGGAAUAGAAGCGAGGCGCGAUAUGGAGGGAUAAACAAUAUAAAGAAUGGUGGGCUCGGCGGGCGGCGCGGCGCAGUGAGCGCGGCGGCAGCAGGGGGCCAUGUCGUGGCGCUCGGGCGGCUCGGUGCGCUCGCUGCCCGCGCCCGCCACGCACCACGUGCUGGACUCGCUGUACGAGCGCAAGGGCGACAACAAGUCCGUGCGCGUGCUCACCGUGCUCGUGUACGUGUUCUGCGUGUCGCUGGCCGCCAUCAUGCUCUCGCUCUACUACGUCUUCUUCUGGGAGCCCAAGGACGCGCCGUACGCGCAACGCAAGGUGGCUCACACUGUAGAGAAGCAAACCAGCACCACACCUUUGCCCACAUGCUUAAUGCCCUACACUGGAGGAAGCAAUAUCUCAAUGAACGACUCCGCGAGUCUGGAGCCGUUCGAGAACGCGACAUCGACCGAGGAUGCGCCGAGCGAGGAGCCGCCGAGCAUCGACCCCGCGCUCGCGAGCGGCGAGGACUACGACGCCAACCACACGUCCCUCGCGCCCCCCGACACACCAGGCCAAGCCACAUGACACACGAACACCUCCGCGCUGUCCAACCACACGAACAAGUUGUACACCACCGCCGCUUUAAAUGUUUAAGCUCAGUGUAAACUAUGCUGAUGUAACUUUUCAUUUCACUUAAGAUUUCAACUCUGCAUAAACUGUAUAAACACCAAGGGGUUUUCAGUUUAUGGUAUGCAAUGUAGUGGAAAUGAAAUGUUACAACAUGUAGGUUAAACUUUUGUUAAAUUUUUAAACGUACAACUAUGUGCUCGGCCAAUACAGGUGGUUCUUCCUCCAACGCUCCAAGGGUAUUCCAUAACUUAUUGUUUAAGUUAUAAUUUGUGCACAGUAGCGACUACUGUUAGCUUCAUGCCUUACUAUCUUUGAGUGUUUUUGCACUGGUGCCGGCUUGGAUAAUGGAACGUCACAACACAAUUUGAGACUCGCAAAUGCCUCUUAGCUAAGCUAAGCUUCCUCGCCACCACUAACCAGUGCAAAAGUUACUAGAGUUUAGGCGAAUGAAGCGUAUCUUUGCAUUAAUGGAUUGAUAUCGGUAGACGGCUAAGUAAUUAUAACAUUUGCGUAACGUUUCGCGUUCGACGUCCACCCCGAAAAGGGAUUAAAUCGUGAUAAGUAAGUAAUUGGAUGUAAGAAGACUGUAAGUGUACCUACAUGUAUUAUAGGUAAUACCUACGACAUUAAUGGAAAUAUACAUUGUAAAGGCAUUUUGUCGACCAUUUGAAAUCGAUAUCUGCAAACACGACGAUGUAAUAUAACACGCUAUUUGUAAAAUGUGACGUGAUGGAUCAGCAAUAGUUUCAGACAUGUUUGAUUCAAACAUACGCUUCGUUGGGCCAGCCAUGCGGCUUCACUCCACGAUAGACUAUUUACAAAAUAUACUAAAUACCAUGACACCAAUUUACUAUUAUAUUAUAAUAAUACUACGUUAGUAAAAUUUUAUAUAAGCAUGAUUUAUUAAUUGUGCAUUUUAAAAUAUUAUUUCCUAGUUGCCUAAUUGUGUAAGAAUAAGUGAGAAUGGUACUUAUGUAAUGUUAAGUUUUAUCUAGAAAUGACUUGUAUACUAGAUGUUUUGUAGUAUCGGUGUUAUACUGUUCUACUUAUUAAUUUUAUUAUUGUUAGUGAUCUCAUUACUCGAUACUACAUAUAACGGUUAGGAAAGUACAUAGUUUACUGUACGAAUGGAACAACUAGUCACCAUAUCAGGGGUUAGCUGGACAUGUAACUUAGAAGACCCUCCACACAUACUCAAAGGAAUUGAAGUCGACAUUAUCACAAUAAUUAAAAUACCGCCCAGUUUUAGAAUUACCUUUUAUCUUUUUGGUCAUUUAAAAGCUAUGUAUUUUAACUGGUGGCUAUUAGAACUAAUAAUGUGUUUUUUUUAUUUUCGGACCGAUUAUAUUUGCUUUACAUAAUUAAAACUGUAAUGGUUAUGUGGCUACAAAGUUGCAGUUGGACUUUUAGUCUGGCGAUAUACACAAUUUAUUUAUUAUAAUAAUUUGGAAAUAGACCGACCUACAGCGUGGGCCCGCGUACUGAUCCAUAUCAAUAGUAUACAAUGUCCGUAGAUUAGAUGACAUCCUAAUUUGUAGAGCGAUUUUUACUCGUAUCAAUAAAAUGCAUAUAUUAUUUACGUUCA